AUGGUGGUGCUUGGCGGACCGAGAGGCAGCGGCACGGGCAGCAGCAGUGACGGCGUUCAGGCGGGCUGCUGCAACGAUUGCUGCGGUGGUGGCGACGAGCAGAGGUGGCUGCUAGUUGCAGGAAGCAGCAACGCGGUCGACUGGAGCAAGGAACUCAGCAACGUUCUCGAGCUUGGGAGGGUGAAGCGACGGGGUGGCAGCGGCGCGGGCUGCAGCAGCGGCCAAGGGCGGAGCGGCUUGGGUUGCAGCGUCGGGUUGCUGAUCUUCAGCUCCGGGCAACGUCGGCGUGGACUCCGGACGCUGGGUCGCGGGUGGAGGUGCUGCGGUGCGGAGCGGAAGCCGCGGGUCGUCACGGCCACAGCAGGGGCGACGAACGGCGGCGCGAACUCGUGGGUGGUGCUCGCACAGGGGAUGGCCGGCGGAGAGGCGGUGACUGGUGGAACGACGAGGCAGCAGCGGGCGUGGAGGUGGGGCAGGUCGACGGGGCAGCGCUUGGGCAGAAAGGGCGUCGGGUCGUCGUGGCUGCAACAAGGGCGACGGUGGCGCGCGAGGGCAGAGGCGCGAGGGCAGAGGCGCGACGGCGGGCUCGGAGCUCGCCGGAAGGAGGAAGGCGGCGGGAGGGCGGCUGCAGCGCCGGGCGACCAGCAGCAGCGAGGAACUCCCGAAGAAGAUGAACAGUAG